UUACAUACCUGUGCACGUAUGUCUUGGGCACUUGCGUUCCCCGCAUGCUGUGCCCAUGCUGUGGCCCCUGUCGACUUGUUUUCUCGGUUCUUCAAUGUUAGCAGCUACUCCUGAUUACCUCAUAUUUAUUUAGGCAACCUUCCACACACGCUGCCCCUGGUUUUACACUUGGGUCCAAGUAUGGGCAAAUGAGCUAUUAGGUAUUGUCAUCUGGGAAUUUAGGAGACUCUUGAUAUUUGUACAACCAUGUAAACCCAGGUGCAAGUCUAAACUCGCGCAGCUGUCUUGCUGCUCCACCGCAAAGGGCGAUUGGCCUCGUGGCAAGCUGCCUGCAAAAUAUAUGGAGCUUACGGAGCUUCAUGCCAUCGCUGUGGACACCCAGAGCGCAGCUCAAGCUGCUGCCAGUGCCCUCGCGCGACUCACGAGCGCGCUUGCUCCAAGCUCGCAGCUCAUCGGCUCAUGGGUGCAGGAGCGCGAGGCUCUGUACUCUCGGCAGCGCCACUUGGAGCAAAGCUACCAGGAGGCGCUUGAUUCGGCACGUGACGCCCAGGCGCUGGCAGCGGAGCAGCGCGGCCGCAUCGAGCAGCUGGAGUCGCAGGCGCUGCACCUGCAGGCGGCAGCCGACACCGCGCGCGCGGGGCUGGAGUCGGCGCGGCGCGAGGCGGCCGGAGCUAGGGAGCAGCUGGAGCAGCAGCGCCAGCUGGCGGCCGCGAACCGGCAGCAGGCGCAGCAUCUGCAGGAGCAGCUGGAGCAACAACGGGAGCAUCAUCGACGGCAGCCGACCCAGAUAGUGCCGACCCGCGCAUCGCAACAGCGACUAGGGUCGCCAACGCGGCAACAGCAGCAGCAUCUGUCCCCCGGCGGACACAGGGCCGCGGCCAAGGCCGGGGGCCCCAGCGGCGCCACCACCGCGGCGGCGGCGGCGGAGCCGGACUCGCCCGGCGCCGCAGACUCGGACGCGUCACUGCCGCCCAGCCAGCCCAUCGCGCACAUGGACCGCAUUCCGGAGACGUUGUUCGUGGGCACGGACUGGCUGCCGCCGCCGCCUGGGGACGAGGAGGACGUGGAGGAGGGGCAGGGGCUGCAAGCAGGGGGCGCUGGAUCAGGUGCGGCGGUAGCAGCUGCAGCAGCGGCAGCUGCUGCUGCUGCUGCCGCCACACACGCCCCAGCCAGCGGUGGUUGUGGUCAUGAGCAGCGGCCAGCAGCUGAUAGCGACGCACCAGGUCGAGAGGCGCAGCCGAAGGAGGCGGCGACUGCACAGCCGGGGCAGCGGGAGCCUCAUUCGGCGCAACAGCGACCGGCGACACAGGGCACUGCAAAUGCUGAGGGGCCGCCAGGCGCCGCACAAGCUGCCGCUGGGUACGGUGCUGGUCCGCUCAUGCAGGCCCUGGCGGCUGCGCGAGCGGCGGAGGGGGGCCCCACGCAACAGCAGGGGCCCUGGUUUACUCCGGAGCCGGCCAGCCAUGCCGCUGCCACCCCUGCAGGGGCAGCAGCAGGGGCUCCGGCCGCGCCCUUGGGCUCACCGCUGGUGGAACCGGAAACUACAGCAGCGCAGGCAGGCACACAGGCCGUGCAAGCACUGGCAGAAGCUGUGGCGGAGCUAGCAGCUGCGAAGGCUGCACGGGAAGCGGCGGAGGCGGCGCAGAUGGAGGCGGAGGCGGCAUGGCGGCAGCGCGAGCAAGACCUCAAUCAGGACUUUGCGGCACAGCUGCACGCGGCUUGGGCUGAGGUGUCCAGCCUGCAGGCGGACAUGCAGAAGGCGCUGUCCUACCGAAAGAGCGCCGUGGAGCUGCGCGGCGCCAACAAGGCGCUCGAGCAGCAGCUCCACGGCCUGCAGAUCCAGCUGCAGCAGGCCCGCGCGGCGGCCGUGGCGGACGCAGCUGUCCUGGUCACACGGCAGGCGCCGCCGGCGGCGCCUGCGUGCGUCAGCGUCUCCACCUCGCCGCUGCAGCUCGCUGACGGGCUGCUGGCGCCUGCACAGGGGCAGGCGCAGGCGCAGCUGCAGGAGGUGGAGGCGGCGCUGGCGGCGGCGCAGCAGGACCUGGCGGGGCUGGGCGCGGAGAGGAACCGCUACCUCGCCAAGUACGCGGAGUGCAAGGAUGCACUGCGCUCCGCUCGCCAGGCGGCUCGGCACUGGCAGAGCGCCUACUACGGCCUGCUUGCCGCCACCAAGGGGCCCGAGGCCGUGCUGCGCGAGCGGCAGCGCAGCACGCAGCACGGCGCCGCCGGCAGUGACGCCCAGCCACCGCCGCCGCCACAGCAUGACGGGCAGAUGCCGCUGGCGGAAUCUCAGCCGCCAGCGGAGCCGCCGCCGCCGCUGGCGCGGCGCGGGCGCAUGCAGCAGCACCCGAGCCCGCCUGGGCAAGGGGUGGCGGCAGCAGGGGCUGCAGCAGCCACGUUGGGGUUACCCAGGGAUCGUGGGCAGGCCCAGCCACCUCAGGACUGGGCUGAGGCCGGCAUGGACGCUGUCGGCUACCACCAUGACGGCGAAGGAUGCGGGGGUGAUGGCGCUGCACAGGUGUCGGCGGGCCCGGCGGCGGACGGCAGCUGGCAGGCAGGGGCAGCGACCAAGGGGUGGGCUGGUCGGGGCAGAAGGAGCCGCGGCGGUGGUGGCGGCGGCGGCGGCGGUGGUGGCAGAGGCGGUGGCGGUGGCGGCGGUGGUGGCGGUGGAGGCGGCGCGCCAGGCCGUGUCGCAGCCAAGCAGGAGCCGGCGGGAGUCGAAGGGCCGCUGUCCCUGGUCGCCAUCAAGCAGGACCCAUGCGAGCAGCUGGAGGGCUGCGUGGGUCCAGCGGGGCCAGCUGAGUGGGAGCAGCGGCCUGCGGUCGCAACAAGGUCGACGGCGGGAGAGGCCGCGGCUGCGCAUGCUGCACGCAGGCUGGGCGGCCUACCCUUCCCGCCCUUGCGAACUGGCAGGGCUUCGUACGGUGUCGGCCCGUGCGUGCAGCAGCCAGCAGAAGGCGAAGGCACGGGCGGCAGAGGCAGGGCUGCUGCGUUCGCCGAUGUGGGAGAUCAGGGUGCGGAGGCGGGGGCUGAAUCGGAGGCAGGGGCUGGUGUGGAGGCGGAGGCGCCGCAGGACUCCGACAUGACGCAGGAGGCCGACCUCACGCAGGAGCCCGGCAGCCAGCAACAGCAGGAUCAGCACCGCGACCCGCAUCACGAACUGCAUCAGGACCACCACCAUCAGGACCACCACCAUCAGGACCACCACCAUCAGGACCACCACCAUCAGGACCACCACCAUCAGGACCACCACCACCGCCAGCAGCAUCAACCCCACCACCAGCACGGUCGGUCGGAGCAGCAGCAGCCACCGCCGCCGCCGCAGCAACAACAACCGCCCGCGGCGCAUCGCCAGCUCCAGGAUGGGGCGCGGGAUGCGGCGGCCGCUGCUGCCGCUAAAGGGCACCCCGACGGCCUCGCGGGCGCUGCCGGGGGCGCUGCCGGGGGCGCUGCCGGGGGCGGGGGCGGGGUCCGGGGCGAGGGCGGGGGCGGGGGCGGGGGCGCAAGCUGGCCGGGCGGUGGGUCGCUGUUUGCGCCCCGUGCCAGGGCGCCUAGCCCACAGCACCGGGUGGAGGUGGUGGAGUUGGACCUGGAGGAGGCGGGGGUGAAGCAGCAGCUUGAGGACGAGGAGGGAGCGGGCAGCAAAUGGUUCAACAAGCGCGCUCGCUCGGCCGACCCCUUCAUGAGCGACGGCGGUGGUGGCGGCGGCGCGGCUGCCAAGCGCGGGGCUGCUGGCGGGCCGCUUCAGAAUGGGGCUGGCAGUAGACCAGGCGGCUCGUCCAACUCCACCACCUCCACCCGGUGCUGUGGGCUAGGCGCCCUGGCCCGGGGCGCAAGCUGGCCGGGCGGUGGGUCGCUGUUUGCGCCCCGUGCCAGGGCGCCUAGCCCACAGCACCGGGUGGAGGUGGUGGAGUUGGACCUGGAGGAGGCGGGGGUGAAGCAGCAGCUUGAGGACGAGGAGGGAGCGGGCAGCAAAUGGUUCAACAAGCGCGCUCGCUCGGCCGACCCCUUCAUGAGCGACGGCGGUGGUGGCGGCGGCGCGGCUGCCAAGCGCGGGGCUGCUGGCGGGCCGCUUCAGAAUGGGGCUGGCAGUAGACCAGGCGGCUCGCAAGGGCCAGCCGGCAUGGCGGCGGCGGCGGCGGCAGUGGCGGCGGUGGCGGCUCAGCAGCAGCGGCGCUACGUGCAGCAGCAGCUGCCGUUUUCGCGGCAGCCGUCGCCAGGGCGAGGCACGCCGGGCGGCGCGCAGCAGCAAGGCGGCGAGUCGGUUCCGGGCCGGGCACUGCACCGCCGCAAGCCGCUCCAGCGUCAGAGCUCAUGGGGCUCGGAUGGCGGCGCGCCUCUGGGCCCGGCAGCGGAUGCGAAUGCCAACUGUGAUGGUGCGGACUUGGGCUCAAACGCGGACGUGUUUGAAGCCGCCGCCGCUGACUUUGCCAGGGGCGCAGCAUGGCCCGACGGCGGCGGCGGCGCCGUGCCUCGCAGCGGCUCGGCGCCGCCAGCUGCAGAGGCGGUUGGCAAACUGCUAGGCGGCGGCUGCAGUGCGGAGCCGUCUGGCCCGCGGCCCCAGAAGCGGAAAGCGCCCGAUGCACCCGUCCGCCCAGCCGGCGGCGACGCGGCGGCGGCCCCCUGGGGCCGGCAGGCGUCUCCCAGGGUAGCAGCGCAGGAGCAGCACCCGCAGCCACCGCUGCCGCCGCCGCCGCCGCAGCAGCAGCAGCGGCAGCAGCAGCAGCAACAGCAGCAACCCCAGGGGCCAUACGGGGGCCCGGGGAGCUGGGCCGCGCUGGAGCGGCCACCGCGCGGCCCCGUGUCCGCGGGCUCAGCAGCCGCGCCGGCGCAGCCGUCGGUGCAGCCGCAGCAACAGCAGCCGAGCGCGGCAAGGCCAGGGCUAGGCCCUGGGCCGGGCCCGGGGUCCGGGCUUCCCUCUCGCCGCUCCCCUGCAGGCGGCACCACGGUGCCGUCGCCUCGGCAUGGCGGGUGGGGCCCGGGCGCAACCCCAGCCGCACCUUUGAGUGGUGGGGCCGCCGACUGCGGCCAGCAGCUCUCAUCUGCUGCAGCCGGGGGUGCUGCGGCGUCUGCGCCUCGCCCGCAUCCACAGCCCAGCAGCAGCCGGGCGGCCGCAGCAGCCGGGCAGCGGCCGCAGUGGGGCAGCAGCACAGCCGCCCAGCUGCCCGGCGUCACAGGGGCGGGCAGGCGCGGUAGCGCUACUGGCGGUCGCGGUGUUGGCGGCCCUGCUGGCGGUCCUGCCGGUGGCCCUGCUGGUGGCCCUGUCGAUCGCGGUGCUGGCGGCCCUGUCGAUCACGGUGCUGGCGGUCCUGCUGGUGGUCGCGGUGGCCCUGCCGCUGCUGGUGGUCCCGCCGCUGCUGGUGCGCCCCCGACCGGCGAGCCGGGCUACAAGUACUCGGCGGUGGUGCGCGGCCGGGAGCGGGAGGCGCUGACCGCCAUCGAGUGCGCCGGCUGCAGAGCCUUUUACGAGGCCCUGGCCUCCUGGGGCACUACAGUGGAGCGCACCUGUGGCCACUCCGGCCCGGCGCCAGGUGCAGCAGGCGCAGGCGCAGCAGGCACAGCAGGCGCGGCAGCGGCGGCGGCGGGCGCUGGGGAUGGUGGCGAUGGCGGCGGGGGGCACGAUGGAGUGGGGCGAGCGGCAUGGGCAGGUGGAGCGGGCAGCAGGAGCACGAUUGCGGAGUUGCGUCAGGCGGGCGGGCGGCACCGGUUCAGGUACGUCCCGCCCGCCACACCCGAGGGCUUCUGGGACAUCGGUUUCGGUGAUGACACGCAGUGAUGUAGGGCUACGGUGUCUAUGAGCGAAGAGAGCGUGUGCGUGUGUGGCUUUUGUUGCAGCGGGGCUGCAGGUUGCAGGCAUGGGGCCAUACUGUGAUGUGGGCGUUGGCGCGCGUGCAAAUCACAUGGACGCACACUGACGUGAGGGAAAUACCGUACAGGUAGGCUGAGCAGGGAAGCUGCGAGUCGGGCCGCGGGCCGCGCUGGAUACGGUAACCCCGGUCGAUGUGUGACGGGCAGAGAUCUUGCUUACCCGGGCACCUUUAUUGGCUUAACGCCGCAUGAUGUGGAUUGCAUCAUUCAUC